AUGGAAUCGCGGGGAACGGAGCUCCAGCCCACCAAGGAUUCAUUCGCCAGGAUCAUCAAGUCUUGCGCCAUCGCUGGGAAUCUCACCCAGGGACGGCGAAUUCACUCGCAGAUUCUUCAGAGCAGCCACUCUAGCGACACGUUUCUAGCGAAUCUUUUGGUGCAAAUGUAUGGGAAGUGCGGGAGUGUUGACGAUGCAGCGAAGGUUUUCGAGCGGAUCAAGCGCCUCAACUCUUUUUCCUGGAGCAUUAUGAUUCAAGCAUAUGCCCAAAACGGGCAUCUUGCUCAAGCACAAGCUUUGUUCGAUCGAAUGCCGGGAAAAAACCUGGAAUCUUGGAAUGCAUUGCUCACUGCUUAUGCCAGAUCUGGAAAACUGGAGAAAGCCCAAGAGAUUUUUGACAGCAUGCCUGUGAAGAACACCGUCACCAUCAAUGCGAUGCUCUCCGCAUAUGCCACAAACGGGCAUAUUGGCGAUGCUUGGAAUCUUUUCGAGACAAUGGGGCAUCGCGACCGAAUAUCCUGGAACACAAUGCUUCAGGGAUUUUCUCUCAGUGGUCAGCUUGCAAAAUUAAAGGAUCUUUUUUAUGAUAUGCCAUCUCCAGAUGUAGUUUCAUGGACUUGUGUGAUUACAGCAUAUGCCCAACACGGGCAUUUGGAAUAUGCCCGUGCCAUGUUUGAUGCGGCGCCCGUACGGAACGAGGUCACCUGGAACUCCAUGAUCACUGCGUACGGAGAGAAUGCCGAUGUUUCGGAAGCAAAAGUUUUGUUUGAUUCGAUGCCAAAUCCAAAUGUUGUGUCGUGGAACGCUCUCGUCCAAGCCUAUGUCAAUGCAGAUGAUUUCCGGGGAGCAAAGGUGGUGUUUGAUCUAAUUCCGGAACCGAAUGUUAUUUCGUGGACCACCAUGCUUGCUGCUUAUGCCCAAAGCGGCCAACUUGAGAAAGCGAAGAGAAUUUUCGAAGAUAUGCCGCAAAAGAACGUUGUUUCCUGGACUGUUAUGCUCUCUGCUUAUGCCGAAAACGGGCAUUUACGAGAUGCAGAGAUUCUCUUUGAGCAUAUACCACAAAAGAACAAUCUGACUUGGAACGCAAUGUUGCUGGCUUACGUCCAAAGAGGUGAUAUAGAGAUGGCGAAGAGAUUCUUUGACAAGAUUCCUUCUCCAUGUACAAUAGCCUGGAACACAAUGCUUCAAGUGUUUACCCAGCGUGGAAAUCUGGACGAAGCUUUGGCUUUCUUUGAGCAUAUUCCCGAUAAAAACUCCACGUCAUGGACAACUAUGAUUCUUGCUCUCGCGAAGAAUGGUCGAAUAGAUGAAGCAAAAGCUAUGUUUGUAAAGUCACUACCUCUCUACGAUCUUGUGUCUUGGACUGCAUUGCUUGGCGGCUAUGCUCAAACUUGCGAUGGAUUUGUGGAGGAGGCCAAAGCAAUCUUUGAAGCUAUGCCAGAAUGGGAUAUGGUAACUUGGAACACUAUGAUUUCGGUUUAUGGCUUGAACAAUCGCUUAGAAAACGCUAGAGCCUUGUUUGAUUCCAUGCCAGCAUGGGAUAUAGUUACAUGGAACACACUGCUUUCUAUCUAUGCCCAAUCUGGAUAUAGCGAAGAAUGUAAAAACCUCUUUGAAAGUAUGCCAUUCUUAACAGCGAUAUCUGUAAAUGCAAUGAUAUUGGGGUGUGAUUCUCUCCAGGAGUCCAAGAGUUACUUUGAUACGUGCAUACCUCCUGGAGAGAGGGAUAUUCUUUGCUGGAGUUCUAUGAUGCUUGCAUAUACCCGGGCUGGGCAUAUACUCAGAGCGAAGAGAAUGUUUGAUGGGAUGCCCGAAAAGGACUUGGUGGUGUGGAAUAUGAUGGUGGAGGCGUAUGGACAAGGUGGUCAUGGAGACAACGCUGUGGAUGUGUUUAGAAAAAUGGAGGUGGAGGGUAUCAAGCCUGAUAAGAUUGCUUAUGUGAGUGUCUUGGCAGCUUGCAGCCAUGGAGGUCUUUUGGAUGAGGCUUGUGCGAAUUUCUCCAACAUGAGCGAUGCGCAUGGAUAUGUUCCUGAGGAUCAGCAUUUGUGUUGCUUGGUGGAUGUUCUUGGGAGGACCGGGAAGUUGAAAGAGGCCGAGGAGUUGAUCGAGGCUAUGCCGUGUGAGAUUGGAUCCGUGGCUUGGGAGUGCUUGCUUGGAGCUUGUAAAAUCUAUAAGAAUGCCGAGUAUGGGCAAAAGGCAGUCCAGAAGAUUGGAGCUUUGGUACCAGAGAAGGCCACUUUGUACUUGUCUAUUGAAGCUAUAUCCCAAUAA